AUGAAGAAGUUUACAGCAGUAAAUCUGGACAAGCUUAUUGAUGAUUUCACUCAUCUGGAACAGGUAACUUUAACAUAAAGUAGGAGGACCUAGCUAGUUAUUCAGGUAGGUAGCUAGCUAGCCAGUGAGUAACCAAGCUAGCUAGCUAACUAACUCUUAAAAUAGCCUACUAUGAACAAGCUAUGCUGAACUUGCCUUAAAUUAAUCCUGUCAUGAAAGUGGCAGUAACAACAGCUCCCCCACUUUUCCUAAGGAUGUCAAUGUAUGCAUGAAAGCUGUUUAAAAAGCUGGGGCAUAUUUAUUCAGUCCUUUUAUCAUUUAUCUUUAUUUGUUUCAAAGAAAAUUACAGAGCUCAAGGGUAAAAACAACAUAUUGGAGAUCAAGUUGGAUGAGACCAACAGAGUUCUGAAAUUUUCACAGACCAAAGAGAAGUGCUUGACUGAGGGUGAGGAUUCUUAUGCAUUCAAACUCUUUCAUCCAUGAUCUGCGGCCAGCAGGAGCCUAGCAGUUAAGAGCGUUGGGCCAGUAACUGAAAGCUUGCAGUUUCGAAUCCCAGAGCCGACUAGGUGGAAAUCUGUCUGUGCCCUUAAGCAAGGCAUUUAAUCCUAAUUGCUCCUGUAAGUCGCUCUGCUAAAUGACUGAAACGUAAAAAUAAAUACAAAUUAAAUGGAUUUUACUGUAGCCACACAUCUGGAUUGUGUUAUCUUUAGUGAUGGGGUAGCACUUUGGUCUUGUUUGAAAUGCCAACAAAGUGACCAAUAGCAAUGUUGGUAUUUACAUUGGUACUUGAACUUUUACAAAAGUCCAGUUCCAAUGAAAAUGAAAAUGUAAAGAAUGUAUCUUCUCAAAGUAUGGUGAAUAGGUCUAAAAUUCUAUUUUAAAUAACUAUAUUUAAAGUGUGUGUCUCCCUCUAGUGGUCUUAUAUGUAAUGUACAAUUAGUCCACCUGAUGACGUCAUUGUCUCACAGAGCGAGAUGGGAUGUUGGGGACAGUGAACGGACUCCAGCAGACUCUACAGCAGCAGUGUGACCUCAGAGGUAAUAGUCUCUCCUCUGUAAGGCACUCUGGUCAACACAUCUUUAGUGUACACUAUUUCUAUUGUCUGAAUCCAAGAUGUAAACUGUUGUAAUACACUUGUAAUUCAAUUGUAAUAAACAUCAUUUUAUCUUACAGUGGAGAAUGAAAAGUUGAAAAGCACUGUGUCAGAUCUGAAAAGGCAGAGUGAGAGGACAGUAGAGGUGAGGGCAGAAUGAUUGAAUAAACUGAAUCUGAACAUUUCAUUCUUGCACAAUAAAAUAGCUUGGAUUCAAAAUUGACACAAUAGAACAGAGAAACUGAAUAUGUUGCCAUUGCUUCCCCCUUGUGGCUGGUUGUGGUCAGGAGCGGGAAGCUGAGGUUCAGAGGCUGGUGGCAGAGAUGAGAGAUGUGGUAGAGAGACACCAGAAGGAGCUGGAGUCUUUGAGAGAGCAGUGCAGGAGAGGGGUAGAGGGCACUCACAGAGAAACACAGAGCAAACGUAAGAACACAUUACACAAACCCUUCCUUUGAGUGAUCAUCAAUCCUGCUCAUGGAGCUGCAGUGUUGCAGGUUUGUAUCCCAGAUUAGUGCAACCACACCUGAUUUCAAUUUAUCAACUGAUUUUCAACACACCUAAAGCUGAAGCAUGUGUCUCACUACUGAGCUGGGACAAAAACGUGCAGCUCUGUAGUAGUAUUGAGGAUCACUGGACUGUGGCAUUCCAUCUCUGAAACAGAAUGACCUACAACAAAAUGUCACACAUACAACAAAAUAUUACAUAUUUAGAGCCCCCUGUUUGUCUUAUGUUGUCUUUUUUGUGUGCAGUUGAGGCUAAAGAUGCAGAGCUGAAAGAGGCCAUGGAGAGAAAGGAGUCAGAUAUGGGGGAGAUGAGAAGGAUAAUGAGGGACCAGGAGAGAGAGAGGCAAAGUGAAAUAUUAAAGUUACAAAUGGAGGUAUACAGACUGGCAGUACAGUGCUAAGGAAUUAUGUGUGUAACCUGUUUUUGAUUGACAGAUCAGCAGAUAUAUGGUUUUAUAGUAAUAGGCAAAGCUGCUCUGUGUAAAGAUGACUGCUAUUUUAGUCAUCUGAUACAUACUGUAGGUAGACCAGCUUGCAGUCACAGUGAUUUACUUCUGUUUUUUACAGGCAGGAUAGUGCAAAGGUACAUGUGGUUUUGAUUUGAUGCUCUGGGUAAAGAUGUACAUGACUGAGUUUAAUGGACAGAUGAAUCCUAACACUAUUUAUUCUGCUGUCAGUUUGGUGCUAAGCUUGCCAGGGUGCAGAGUACCACACAGAGGAUCCAGCAGCAGCCCCAGGGCUCAGGUCUUCUACCUCAGAACAUCUUCAAACGGGUGAGGAGCCUCCGACCACGUACUAAGCCAACACUUCACACAGAGAUUAGAGCUUGAAGCAACCUGUGUCCACUAUGGAGAAGGGAACUCUUGUUUCUUGAUGUUGCAUGUGUUUCUCCUGUGUUUCUGUAUGUAUGGCCUACCUGUGUGUUUGUUGAUGUGCUCCCAGAAGUUCCAGUUCCUUCAGGAGGAGAAGAACAGAGAGGUCGAGGCCCUGCGCCAGAGAAUCAAGGAAUUGGAGAAGCAGCACGCCAGCGGAUUCAGUGACUCCCGUCUAAAGAGAAAGAAGAUUUAG